AUGAACGCGGCCGCCGCGGCGGCAGUGGCAGCCGCUACGACUCAGGAACGUCAAGCGGACGAGCCGUUAUACGUUAAUGCAAAGCAAUACCACCGGAUCUUGAAGCGCAGAGAGGCGAGGGCGAAAAUAGAGGCGCUGAACAGGGGACGGAGGGAGAAGGGGUAUAUUCACGAAUCGCGCCAUCGGCACGCUAUGAGGCGACCAAGAGGGCCCGGAGGACGGUUCCUGAGCGCAUCUGAAUUGGCGGCCUUGAAG